CUCCCUCGUCGUCCAAGAAGAGUGUAGAGAGUCUGACACGUGACGAUCGUUAGACACUUUACUAGGUGACUUUUGGGCAUUGGAGAAGAGACAGGCAGGCACCCUGGGAUGGAGGGGCCGGUGCCGCAUUUGGAACAGGCCGCUUCGGCCGCCUGUACUAUGGCCACGAAUUUUUUGGCACCGGUGAAAACCGAGAGGCAAAUUUACGAAAAUUCCAUGCUCGAAGACGAUCCUAACGCCAAUUCGGUCGUCCCGACAUCCUUCGAGGAUAGGACGGUCCCACGGUGGGGGCCCAAUCACAAGGGGGCCCAGGAAUUGGCCAAUCUCUACAGUACAGGAAAGAGAACUCAGGAAUGCAUAUGCGUCGGUAUCUGCAUCACGCUUAUGAUCGUUAAUUUUUUAUUCAUAAUGGUACGAUUAAGAUUGGAAAAUCUGAGCGCCAUAGCGAUUGCCGCGAUAUGCGGUAUCGUCACCGCGGAUUUCGGCUCGGGACUUGUUCACUGGGCAGCAGACACGUGGGGAUCCGUCGAGCUACCGAUCCUCGGAAAGAAUUUUUUAAGACCGUUCAGAGAGCAUCACAUAGAUCCUACGAGCAUAACGAGGCACGAUUUCAUUGAGACGAACGGUGAUAAUUUCAUGGUAACGAUACCGUUUCUCUGUAAAUUGACGUGGGACUUUCUAUCGCUACCAGAAACCGAAGUACAACAAAGGUUUCUCUGGACUUGCUACUGGUUUUUACUCGCCAUAUUCGUCGCUAUGACAAAUCAGAUCCACAAAUGGUCGCACACGUAUUUCGGACUGCCUGGAUGGGUGGUUUGGCUCCAAGACCACCGGAUAAUACUGCCGCGAAGGCAUCAUCGCGUUCACCACGUAGCCCCCCACGAAACGUACUUUUGUAUAACGACGGGCUGGCUGAACUGGCCUUUGGAAAAAUUGUGCUUUUGGGCGAUCCUAGAGGCUGUCAUUGAAAAAUUUACCGGAUUCAAGCCGAGAGCCGACGACAUGAAGUGGGCCCAAAAACGGUCUUGAAAUCCGGACCUAACAAUUUACGAUAAUAUAUUAUGUAAUGAACAACGUAUGAUGAUAAUAAUAAUUAUAUAGUUUAUCGCGGCCGCGUGCAGAACUAUCGAUCGAGGAUAUUUUCAUAAACGUAUAUAUACCUUACCUACGAACAAAACUAAUGAGAUAAUCUGUCGAACUGUGGAUUCGAAUGAUAAUAAUUGAAUCUGCAAUACGUCGUGGGAUUGACAAUGAUUCUUUUUUUCAUUCUUUUAUCUCCUCUUUGUGAUUUAUCGAGCCUCAUAUAUCGUCGUUCGUGCGCAGCACCCACGCGAUUAUUACGUAACAAAUAACCGUUUUUUAAAUUCUUAUUUAAGUUGAUUCAAUGCACUUUAUCAAUAUCUAUACCAUUAAACGUAUGUGAUGUAUAAUUGAAAGUUGACAUAUUUAUAAUUAAUUUAUCUUCGCUGUUAUAUGAGGUUAUGAUCGAACUACGUAACGCACGUCUCUAUACAUACAUAUGUAUAUAUGUAUGUGUAUAUAUAUAUAUAUAUAUAUAUAUAACGUCGUUAUAACGAUGCUUUACAGUUUUGUAAGAGAAAAAAGAAUUUCCACGCUUAUUAAUAAUCUAGGAGUAUUAGCUAAAUGAAUAAAUUAAUAAAUGUAUCUAUAUAUUAUGAGUAUGGUAAUUUUUAACUUAAAUAAUACGACUGGCCUUAAAGGAACCCACGCGCUAUAAAUAAAAGAAUAUACGAAGAAAAUACAAUAUAUAAGAGAUGAUUGAAUUUAAAAUCCACAGAUCGUCGGUAAAGAUUGUAAAAACAAAGAUGCCUAUUUAUGAAAAUACUAUUAUUAUAAUUAUUACUGUUGUUGUCAUUCUGUGGAUUAAACACGCGAAUGAAAUUAUUAUAACUCAAAGCAUAUGUACCUACUCAUAUAUUGUAAACAUGAAUAGAGCGAGGAAAAAUUU